CGCGGAUCCCGGCUCUCGGGAUCGCAAACUCAGAGCCAGAGCUCUCCGCGCGCACCCGAGCCUCUGGCAGCCCGCGCAGCCCGACGCGGAACCCGGGCGCAGCGGGAGCCCGUGCAGGACGGGCGCGGGGCGGGGGCGGCGGCCGUCCAUGCGGCGCGCUCGGGGCUGCCCGGCGCCGGGAACCACGCGGGGGCGAGGCGAGGCGUCCACCGGCCGCUCCGGGACACGGACCGCCAGGAGUUGAGUGCCACCCCCAUCUGCAGAAAAUUGGCAGCAUCUCUGAGGAACCCUUGCUUUUCCUGGGAUACCCAGCAUCAUGGUUCCCUGUUUCCUGGAGUCUCUCAGUGUCCUGGGUUCCCUCCUGCUGCUUGGACUCCAGCUCGUCUGCCCACAGCCCUCCACUGAACACAGAAAGGUCCCGCAGCGGAUGGCGGUGGCCGAGGGCGCUCCCGAGGACGGCGGCAGCGGCGCCCCGGGCGUGUGGGGAGCCUGGGGCCCCUGGUCCGCCUGCUCGCGCAGCUGCAGCGGCGGCGUGAUGGAGCAGACGCGACCCUGCCUGCCCGGCUCGUACCGCGCACGCGGGGGAACGCCGCCCGGAGCCCCCGUGCGCGCCUUCGCAGGCCACGUGGUGUCAGCCGUACGUACGUCGGUGCCGCUGCACCGGAGCCGCGAGGAGCCACGCGCCCCCGCCAGCCUCAACUCCAGCCGCCAGGGCCCGGCGCAGCGAGGCAGCCGGCACCCGCAGGCCCGGGGCCGCGAACCCACGGCGGAGAGAAGGAGCAGGACCCGAGGUCCCAUCGGCCCUGGCAUGUAUGGCUAUGGUAAGGCCCCAUACAUCUUACCACUGCAGACGGACUCUGCACACCUGCCACAGAGGCUUCGGAGGCAGAGGCCCUCAUCCCGGAAUUCCAGGUCCCAGGGGGCAUCUGGUUCUAGCCAUGGCUACAACCUUCCAGCCCACCGGGGCCCCCGACAUGGACCUCUGUACCAGAGUGACAGUGGCCCUCGUCCUGGACUGCAAGUCUCAGAGAGCUCCAUCUACCAGCUGCCUCUGACCCAUGACCAAGGCUUCCCUGAAGCCUCAAGUCUCUUCCACAGCCCAGAAACAAGCAGCAGCCCUGGCCUGGGGGCCCACAGGGCAGCUCAGAGCUUCUCCCAGCCUGCCCGAUCUACAGCAAUCUCCUGCAUUGGGGCCUAUCGGCAGUACAAGCUGUGCAACACGAAUGUGUGUCCAGAAAGCAGUAGAAGUAUCUGGGAGGUACAAUGUGCAUCCUACAACAACAAGCCGUUCAUGGGCCGGUUUUAUGAAUGGGAACCGUUUGCAGAAGCCAAGGGCAAUCGGAAGUGUGAGCUGAACUGCCAGGCAAUGGGCUACCGCUUCUACGUACGGCAGGCUGAGAAGGUCAUUGAUGGUACCCCCUGUGACCAGAACGGCACGGCCAUCUGCGUGUCUGGGCAGUGCAAGAGCAUUGGCUGUGAUGACUACCUAGGCUCCGACAAAGUCGUGGACAAAUGCGGGGUGUGCGGAGGCGAUAACACGGGCUGUCAGGUUGUGUCGGGUGUGUUUAAGCAUGCCCUCACCAGCCUGGGCUACCACCGAGUUGUUGAGAUUCCUCAAGGAGCCACAAAAAUCAACAUCACCGAGAUGUACAAGAGCAACAACUAUUUGGCCUUGCGAAGUCGUUCUGGCCGCUCCAUCAUCAACGGGAACUGGGCAAUUGACCGGCCUGGAAAAUAUGAAGGAGGAGGGACCAUGUUCACAUACAAGCGCCCAAAUGAGAUUUCGAGCACUGCCGGAGAGUCCUUUUUGGCCGAAGGUCCCACUAAUGAGAUCUUGGAUGUCUAUAUGAUACACCAGCAGCCUAACCCAGGAGUCCACUAUGAGUACGUAAUCAUGGGGAGCAAUGCCAUCAGCCCACAGGUGCUGCCUCACAGGAGACCAGGGGAGCCCUUCAACGGCCAGCUGGUACCAGAAGGGGGGAGCCAGCAGGAGGGAGAAGGGAAAGAGGGGGACGAAGAGAAGGCAGACGUGCACGGCGGGGCACCUGAAAUAUUCACCUCGGAAUCAGCACAGACCUUCCCGGUCAGGCAUCCCGAUAGAUUCUCUCCCCACCGGCCGGACAAUGUGGUAGCACCAGCACCACAGACCCCACGGCGGAGCCGGGAUCACAACUGGAAACAGCUGGGGACGACGGAGUGCUCGACAACCUGCGGGAAAGGAUCUCAGUACCCUAUUUUUCGCUGUGUGAACAGAAACACUCACGAAGAGGUUCCUGAGAGCUACUGUGACUUGAGCAUGAAGCCGACCCCAGAGGAGGAACCCUGCAACAUCUUCCCUUGCCCAGCCUUCUGGGACAUCGGAGAGUGGUCUGAGUGCAGCAAAACCUGUGGCCUGGGCAUGCAGCACCGCCAGGUUCUGUGUCGCCAGGUGUAUGCCAACCGCAGCCUGACGGUGCAGCCCUACCGCUGCCAGCACCUGGAGAAGCCCGAGACCACCAGCACCUGCCAGCUCAAGAUCUGCAGCGAGUGGCAGAUCCGGACGGACUGGACCUCGUGCUCGGUGCCCUGCGGAGUGGGGCAGAGGACCCGCGACGUGAAGUGUGUGAGCAACAUCGGGGACGUGGUCGAUGAUGAGGAAUGCAACAUGAAGCUCCGGCCCAACGACAUUGAGAACUGCGACAUGGGACCCUGCGCCAAGAGCUGGUUCCUGACGGAGUGGAGCGAGAGGUGCUCGGCAGAGUGUGGGGCUGGAGUGCGGACACGCUCGGUGGUAUGCAUGACCAACCACGUCAGCAGCCUGCCCCUGGAGGGCUGCGGGAACAACCGGCCAGUGGAGGCCACCCCGUGUGACAACGGGCCCUGCACGGGCGAGGUGGAGUGGUUUGCGGGAAGCUGGAGUCAGUGUUCCAUCGAGUGUGGGAGCGGGACCCAACAGAGGGAGGUGAUUUGUGUUAGGAAGAACGCUGACACCUUUGAAGUGCUGGACCCCUAUGAAUGUUCCUUCCUGGAGAGACCCCCCAGCCAGCAAUCCUGCCACCUCAAGCCCUGCGGAGCCAAAUGGUUUAACACAGAAUGGAGCAUGUGUUCCAAGAGCUGCCAGGGCGGCUUCCGCGUCCGGGAAGUGCGCUGUCUGUCUGAUGAGAUGACCCUAAGUAAUCUCUGUGACCCUCAGUUGAAACCAGAAGAGAAAGAAUCUUGUAACCCUCAGGACUGCGUCCCUGAAGUUGACGAAAACUGCAAGGACAGAUACUACAACUGCAACGUGGUGGUCCAGGCCAGGCUCUGCGUCUACAACUACUACAAGACCGCCUGCUGCGUCUCCUGCACGCGCGUGGCCAACAGGCACUCGGGCUUCCUGGGGAGCAGAUAACACCCCGCUGCGCAGCCGUGGGCAGGUCAGGGAGUCUGUGAGCAGUGGGGCUGGCUGACUGCUGCCCUUCCUGGGGGCUCCCCGGCCUGUGGAGCUGCCAGCCAGCUUAGUCAGCACCCCGCCUUCAUAACGUGUACACGCGGUGCCCAGGAGCGAGACAACGGGCGUCCUUUGAGCAUCACCGUGAACUGCUGACCCCUCCUUCAGAAACCUGGCGCCUGCGCUCUCUGCAGACCGAGCGGUGGGGACUGCCUGCAGCUCUCGGCCGACUCCCGUCCUGGCACUUUCUAAGUCAGCAGUCAGGCCCUGUCUGGGCACUGCCUAGCCCCAGUGCCGCUGGCCUUUCUAAUACCAGCGCCGCCCCUUGGAGAAUCAGAGGAGACAGUCCCCCCACCCCAGAGCCCCCCCCUAAGCCUUGCUAGGAUGCCUGCAUCCCUCUGUUACCUCAGCCCAGCUGUGCCUAUUUUUGACUCUCAAAGACAUUAGGCUCUUUUCCAGCCUUGUGACACAAGUAUCUCAUGCCAGUUUAGAGCUUUAUCGUUUUGCAGGUGUAUUCAGAGAUAUUAGCUCAUUAGCGGCUGUGAGCACAGCGCCCCAGAAUGGGAGUCAGGGAAUGAAUCGUUGUCCCCAUUUUACUGACAAGGAAACUGAGACUAAACUUAGGUAACCUACCUGCCACGUUAUCAGGUAAUUGACCCAUUCAGUGACAGAGCUGAGUCCUGACCCCAGUCGUCUGACCACAAAGCCCUCACCCCGAGGCCUGUCCAGAAGGCUUAUUAGGUCUGCAGGACGUGGCUUCAUUUCAGACCUAGAGGCUGAGAAGUUUCCCAUUCAGCAAACAAAGCCCAGACCUUUGAAUUCUUUCUUCGGGCCAAAAGUCAAGUCUUUAUCUCCUGCGCUCAGUUGUUUCAGGAGUCUGUUUCUUUUUUCCCUUCCCCCACAAAGUCACAGGUCCUGGUGACAGGACUCUGCACAGUUUCUUAAACCCCAUCCUUAAUGGGACUAUGCCAUGAGGUAAGAAAGCCAUUGGGGUAGCAAGGUGAUUGCCUGAAAUUCUGAUUCCUCUCCCCAGUGGUAUAUGCCGCCCAUGGAAUCCUACAUCGUGGACCCUUUGGCCUUUUGUCUCCCAGAGCAGAUUUCCAGAGCACACAGCUCUGUCCCCUGGGCUCUCACCCCUUCCUCAGCCAUCUCUCCUGGGUCCUUCCCCACACAUCGCCCAGUGGAAAGUCUAACCCCCCUGUCCCAGCAAAAGCCCUAUGUUUAUAUUAGAAAGAGUCUCCCUUGGGUCUUUCUGGUUUGAUUUGCAGAUGUCUCUCUGUGACUUUGCCUCCCUCCCUUCCCCCAUGACUCACAACCCAUAUCCCCCCUCCCAGAUGUGCGCACUAAGAUCUAUAUUAAUGCAGCCAGCCUGGGAAAAGGGGCUGUGAACUCCUCCACGAUGGCCGCAGCGGCAGGGUCUUCCCUGAUUCACCUCACAUAACUCUGUAGUUCCCGAGGCCUCUGGCUGGAAGGGGAAUGCAGUGCAUAUGAAAGGUGAGCUAUCUGAAAAAUCAGUGAGGAUAAAG